AUGUCUGGAAAAUAUUCUGUCGAAGAUCUGUUGAAGUUGCGAGCAUCACCGCUGAUAUGUAGACCUGCGAAUCUACCACCAAUAGAGGAAUGGAUGGGUGCGCAAGAGCUGAGUGGCAGGAGGCCGAUAGCUCGAGGAGUUAAAGAGGAGCAGCCUGUCGCGAGUGAACCCUUUCAAAAACGCCCAACUAUAAUCGACGCUCAACGCCGAACAACUACAGAUCCCGACCGCAUCGUUCUCGGUCCUCCUCGACGGUCCUUCGCUUCCAAUGCCCGCGCCGUGAGCAAGUCGCAAGAUCUGGGGGACGAGUCCGGGAAUAAUAAAGAUCGAUCAACACUGGGCGACAAAUCCCGAAAUGGCGAAGAGUCCGAGUUCCGGCACCACGAGCGCAGAUAUACUCAAACAAAUGGCCGCUACGGCAAUCGUCAAGAGAGCGAAGAUCUGGAGACAGAAGGUCGUCGUGAGUUCGACCGCAGGCCGAAAUGGGCAGGGAGAGACAGAAAUGAUCAGGACCUAGACAACGAUCAAACACAGGAAGAUUCAUCACGCGGCUUCAGGAGAGACACACAGUCGAGGGCGAAGUUGUCACAGUCAUGGUUUAAAAAGGACACCGGGGAUGAGGCACCUGACUGGCGUCGCGAUCGAGGCAGAGACCGUGACUGGGAUAAGGAUCGCGCUGCCAAAGUGGAGGCGGAACCCGAAUGGAUGGAUUCCACCGAACCUGAAGAGCCGUUCCAGGCACGUACCCAGGAGGAUUUCCAACGUUGGAAAGAACGGAUGAAGGCUGGCAGCGCAGCGCCACCUGAAGCAGUCGAAACAGCUGCCACCAGUCCACCAGCGGAAGAGAAGCCAGCCAAGAGAGUCGUUUCUGCCGAGCCAGACGACUCGAUGGAUAAAUUCUUCGCAAGAUUCGAGUCAAAGACGACGGAGCAAAAGGCCGGGCCCGCAAAGUCGCACGGCAAAACACGGUUUGCAUCGCUGUUUAGUCCUGCAACGGAACAAAGCAAGCAGAUCGAAAUUCCACUUCAAGCUUUGUCCUCGGACCGGCCUUCAUCCGCUCAAGCAACAGGCUCGGCGACAGAUGCCGACCAAGCUGGAUUCGCUCGCAUUCUUGAAAUGUUGCAGACACGAAGUAAUAACCCCACUCCCCAAAACCAAGAGGGGGCAAAACCGAGAACACCAUUAUAUGCAAGAGCAGCUGAGCAAAAGACCGACCCUGAACCAAAGCCACCCCUGCCUGAACUCUAUGCGCUGCUGAGUGGGCAGUUGGGAGGUCAAGCGUCGCAGCCUGAGCACGUCCAGCCAACUGCCCCUCCGGAGAGGUUUACAGAGAGCAAAUCUCCCAGCGAGCAACCCACGCACACACGACAGCAGUCGAGCAUCACCAAAGAUGAAGUUCUGUUGACCUUGCUCCGUCAAGCCACUCUGGCACCAAAACCUCAACCACCACCACCUACUGGAGGGCUAAUGUUUGGCCUGCCUCCCGAGCCCAGUAACCGUCCAAUGCAGCCAAGAGGGCCAGUGAUCUCCCCCGUUCAGGCUCAACAGGAUCCAAUAAUGACACAGCGAAGAGAACCAAGAGGGCCAGUGUUUGAUGAUUCGCCGAUUUCCUUGUACCCAAACGAACAGACGCAGCGCGAACAGCCUGGUAGAAGGCCAACCAACGGCACACAAUCAGUGUAUCCGGAUGUUCCCCUGAUGACACUUCUGCGUGGACAAACACCACAGAGACCACUGCAACCCACUCAACCACCUCAAGCACUCCCUCCGGGUCUUCAGCGUCCUCCUGGACUGGAUCAGAUGCCACGACAGAAUCCGAGCUGGCCUCCCCAACAGCCCCAGCAGCCACCACAGCCUUCACGCCAACCGUCACUCCCGCCUGGCUUGUCCAGCCUCCCCCGGGGGAUGUCAGGGGGUCCAUAUGCUCAACCUCAGCAGCUUCCGAGUCAGCCGACUCUACCGCAGCAGCAGCGCCCGCCGCAACCCCAGCCACAACGAAAAUACACCGCUGAUUCCUCCGGAAUGCCUCCUAACCUUCCACCCGGUAUUUACCCCCCUCCAGGCUUCAUGAAUGCGGGUCCACCGCCGGGCUUUCCAGGUGGGAUGGGAAAUCAUCCCGCCGCGAGAUUUGGUGGUGACCCGGGAGCGCAACAGCGGGCUUUCAUGGAGAUGUACGGCGAAGUUGGCGGGCGAGGGCUGGGACUAAGAGGAGGCGCGGGCAACUCUAAUAUGCCGCCGUAUCGGUAA